AUGGGAAAACCAACCAAUGAAGAGGAGGUACGCGGCUGUGAUGGCGGGGCUCGACCCAUGAGCCGGCUGCUGUGCUGUUUGUGCGCGCCCGUCGCUAAUAUGGGCGCCGCGCUCUCGCACCCGCAGGUAUACCAGGAGGGAGAUAUAUGUGAUGGUGUUGGCGGACCGCCGGCGCCUCCCACUAUGGCCGACGUUAUAAGGGAGAGGAAGAAGAAAGCGGGCGGCGCGGCGUUGGGCACGCUGAGGAGACGCCUCGUCGCCGCCACCAGGAGGCCCAGGGACUCGCAGCCAGACCGAGGGUGCGAGCACGGGCGCUACAUCAGGUCGGUGGUGGGGGACUGGCAGCUGCCGGAGGUGGUGGUGCUGUGCGAAGAGAUGGAGGCUGGCGCCGCGCUGCGGGACCUCCUCACGCAGGCCGAGCUGGCGCGGGAGCCGGCGCCCGCCCUGCACGCCGACCUCGCCGCCCUGCUGCACGACGCGUGCUGGUGCGACGUGGAGCUGAUAGGGGCGGGCUGGUCCCUGGCAGCGCACCGCGCAGUGCUGGCGGCUCGGAGUCACUACUUCAGGGACCUGCUGCGUGGCCGUCCCCCCGGCUUCUGCCGGGUGCCGCUGGAAGGCGCGGGUGCCAGCCUGUCCCGCGAGGAGCUGGUGGCCGGCGUGAGGAUGCUGUACUCCGGGCCGCUGUACUGCCACACGUGCCACACAGAGUACGAGAGGAGCGGCGGCGCGGAGGCGGACGAGGCGGAGUGCGGCGCGGGGGGCGGGUGCGCGGGGGGCGCGGCGCGGCGGCUGGCGGCGGCGCUGGGCUGCGUGCCGGACGCGCUGCUGCGGGACGUGCGGCGCCUGCUGGACUCGGGCGAGCUGUGCGACGCGCGGCUGGUGUGGGCGGGGGAGGGCGCGCGCGGCCCCGACCUGCCCUGCCACCGGUUCAUACUGGCGGCGAGGUCUAGGUUUUUUAGGAACGUGAUGGGUCGGCGCACCAGCAGCAACGGCGCCAUCUGCGUCGACGAGAAGAUCCUGCCGAGAAGGUUCGCCAAGGCGCUGCUGCACGCCGCCUACACCGACCAGAUCGACCUGAGCCUGAUAGGGAGGGGCGGCUCAUCUCCGUCGUCAACCAGCGGUGGGGGCGGCAUGUCGUCGUGGCCCGGCGCCGCCCGCAGCAGCGCGCCCCGCCCCGCCGCGCCCCGCCCCGCCGCGCCCGCGCUGGACGACGUGUUCCAGCUCUACGAGAUCGCCAGCUUCGUGGAGAUGCCGAUCGCGGUGCAGGGCUGCGAGGACGCCAUCGUGGAGGCGCUGUCGGCCGACACGCUGCCGCUGGUGCUGCGCUGGGCCGCCGCGCCCCACGCCUCCAAGUGGGUGCACCGGCAGGCCAUGCGCUACCUGCGCGACGAGUUCCCCCGGGUCACCAGCGGCGCGGCGGCGGGCCGGCUGCCCCGGGCGGCGCUGCGGGCCGCGCUGCAGUCGCCCUUCCUGCAGGCCUCCGAGCCGCAGGCGCUGCGGGGGCUGCUGCGCUGGGCCGCCGCGCAGCCAGCACAGCCGCCAGAGCCGAACCUAGUGUGGCACACGGCGCACUCCGCGUCCCGGCGCGGCACCCGGCGGCGCGAGCUGGGCGACGCGGCGCUGCGGGAGAGCGUGGCCGCGCUCGUGCCGCUCGUGCGCGUGGAGCACAUCCCGCCCGACCACGAGGUGCUGGCGCAGCUGGUGCGCCGCGGCGUGCUGCCCGCGCGGGCCCGGCCUCCGGGGGGCGCCGCCGACGCGUGGCUGGGCCGCGGCGCGCACCGCCCCGCGCGCUGCUUCCUGCCCUACCUGGACGAGCUCAGGGCGCUGCUGGAGGACCAGGCCGUGCCCGAGGCGGAGGUGGCCCGCAUCAGGCGCGAGCGCUACAUGCACCGGAUCCCGGACACCCUGUACAUGGUAGCGGCGGCGCGCGGGGAGUCCCCCCCGGGCGGCGCGGAGGGCGCGGCGGGGGGCGCGGAGGGGGGCGCGGCGCAGUGCGUGGGCGCGCGGCGGCUGGCGGCGCUGCGGGCCCGCGCCCGGGAGCUGGCCGCGCGCGCCGCCCCGCUGUACCACCACGCGCACCACGCAGACAUGCUCUACCGACAGAUCGCGCUGCGGGCGGUGCGGGAGAUGUCGCUGCCGGACUCCUGCGCGGACCUGCUCAUCAGCGACAUUGAGAACGAAUGUAAUGGCGGCGGCGGCGGCGAGAGGUCCGGCCCGGAGCCCCGGCGCGCCCCGGCCCGCGCCCCGCGCACGCACGACCCCGACAGCGACUGCUGCAGACGGAGCGGCCCCGAGCGCUGCCCCCCCGCCGGCAGCCCCCGCGCCGCGCACCCCGCUCCCCUCGAGGGCCGCGCCGACCGCCGCGAGACGCAGCCGCGGCCCCCGGACUGCAGGAGCGGGUCGGGGCGGCUGUCGGCGGCCGUGCCGGACGUGGCGAUGGCUCCCAACGCGAACACCCACCUGCUCACCAACAGGGACUACUUCAGGCCGCCGCUGCCCGCAGAGUACGGCGGCGCCGUGCUGCAGCUGGACCUGGGGGACGGCGCCACGCACACGCCGCGACCAGGUUCGCGGGCGCAGCGGGCUCACGCGGCGGCGCAGCUCGCCCGGGGACACGCGCCGGCCGCGGCAAGGGCCCGGCUGAGCGCCGAGGAGCACCGCGCCGCCGUGGAGAUGUCCAUGAUCCGGGCGUACUCGGCGCUGGAGUACGGCUCGCCGCAGACGCGCCAGCUCCGCCGCAACCAGGCCGGCACCCUGCGCCAGCGACAAGACGCGCCCGGUUUCGCUCCCUCCAGCCCCCCUCCGGGCUCUCGGCACCCCCUCUACUCAUUCAGGAACAGGGAAAUUGAAUUCAUGACCGAGGCGGCGUACGCCCCCCCGGGGUGCCGCGACCACAGCCCCAGCAACUUCGCAUGAGACGGGCCCUUCGUUGUCCUGACGCUGCCCGGAGCGGCGUCGGACAACGAGGGCGAUUCUUUCUACCUGGAGUUCCUGGAGGACGAGCCGGAGGACGACUCGGAGGAGUGAACCCAGCCGCUCCCAUGAACUGUACACUUGGCGACAUUCUUUUUUAUUUUUAAUAUUGUUUUUAGUGUUCGUGGGCCUGUCAGUGGAUUACCGAAUUUGUGACUUCUGUACACGUGAAGUGCACGGACCUGUGUCCUGGAACAUUAAUAUUAAAAUGAUAAAGCAAUAUUGUCUAAGACGGUGUUUCCCAACGUGGAGCCCACGCCCCACAAGGGGGUAAUUUGAUAAUUAAGGGGGGAAAUCGCAUUAAAUGAAUAUAAAAAAACUUUAUUAAAAUUAUUUUGAAUUUCAAUUUCAAAUUUUUAUUAUAUGUUUUGAAAUAUUACUUACUGUGUUCUGAUAACAAUUUCAUAGUGAUUUCUUCCUAAAACCUUUCAUUUAUGUUUUUUAAGGGAACCAAUAAAUUUUUAAUGUUAAAAUAAAAAUUAUGUAUGGGGGGCACAAAAAUUUUAGAAAGGUUCCAGCGGGGCCUGGCACAAAAAAGGUUGGGAAACACUGGUCUAAGAUAUAAAAUAAUAAAUUCUGUGAGAAAGUACCCGGACUUGUAGUCACGCGGGCCCGGGAGGGCGCCCCCCAUCCCGAGUGCCCCGUACCUUAGCGUGUAAGUUAGAGUAAUCAUCAGACGCCUUCUGGCAUCGAUAUUGGCAUGUCAAGUGCUGUAUGUAAAUAUGGAAUUAUGGAACGAAUCUUAUUGUACGAUCUCAUUGUUGUCGUUGUGACCGCGGGCCGCCGGCGUCUGACGCACCAGGAGCGCCGGCCUCCCGUCCCCGGGGGGCGGGGGAGGAGGAGUUACGAGGUGGACCACGGAUAAUUCGUAUCGUUUAAAUUGAUGGAAUAUGUACAGUUAUUCUGAGCACCUGUGAGCACUCUUGAGUGUUCGUGAGCAUUUAUGAACAUUUGCCGAGAACGCGUUCAGAGUAUGAUUUUAUGUAUAUACUUGUAAAAUUAGGUUAAAUUACGUGUUGCAUUGCGCUCGCGCGGGCCGCCAGGAGGGCGCGGGGUGCGGGGAAAUAAUUGAAAUCAUGAAAUUUUAAUACGUAAUACAAUCAAAUGAAAUAGUUUUAUCUAAAAAUGAAGUGCCAGAACCACCCGCCCCCCGGGGGGCACUGAAUGGCGGCCCCCCCGGUGCCCCAGGACAACACUCCUAAAGACAUGUAUAGUUAUAAUAAAGUAUAUGUGUAAUGUAAUUGUUUAAAGUAAGUUAAGGGUAGGUUCCGUUCUUGCCGACGUGGUCAAGUAGCUACUGCCAUGCCAGUAGCAGUGCCGUCGCCCGGGGGCCGCCGCUCGACUAAUGAGCACCUGGAAAGUACUCAACGAAGCGGUGGCGGAAAACCGGGCUGCGAGCCUGUGUCUCAAGAUGAGAGCCUUGGCACUGUGCGUGAGGCUACUGGUCUUGAGACAUGAGGUCCUGGUAUCGGCGAUGCCCCGGGGCUCGGGGCGGCGCACGUUGUGUUCGUCUGCGGCCGGCUGCUGCAGUGUUAAUACAGAUAUUUAUUACUCA